AUGCAAUCAGAUCGUCGAAUAUCUACAAUUAGUACAACAUCCGUGCGAAAAGAACAUCGAAAACGUUCGUACUCGAACGGAACUUUUCGUCGACGUGAUCGACAAGAUCUCAUUUGUGUUAUUUGUCUUGCCCCCGCAAUUGGUUACAAUUUUGAUCAAAUCACGUGCGAAAGUUGCAAAGCGUUCUUCCGACGUAAUGCAUUAACUAAUGCGGAUAAAUUUAAAUGUCGGACUGGUACCAACGAUUGUAUGAUUACAUUAGAUACUCGAAAGAGAUGUAAAUAUUGUCGUUUGAAAAAAUGCUUUGACAAAGGUUUAAGAAAAGACUGGAUCAUGUCCGAAGAGGAAAAACGUACGAAAAAACAGAAAAUUGAAGAUAAUCGUCGUUUACGUGCAAUGUCAAUCCUUUCACAAUCGGCUUCUUCGUUAUCAGUUGCACCCGAUGAUCAAAUGUUGCCAUCAACUCUCAACCGAAGCGAUGACUCAUGUGAUAGUACUACGUCGAAUGAGUGCAAACCGUCUACUGAUGAUCGUUUGGUUCAUUCGUUAACGAAAAUCGCCGAACGCUAUAGAAAAGCCGUUCAGCUGAAUGUAUCUGUGAUCAAAGGUUGUACGAGUCCAUGUUUGAGAUACAUGGAUGACUUAAUUGACGUCCUGAACGAACCAACUCAUCUUGCCACUUUACGGUUGAUAACGUUUUUUAAAUUGACACCAGAAUUCAAUUCUUUACACGAAGACGAUCGCCUUUUACUUGUCAAGCACAAUUUAAUGGUUGUAUUGGGAUACCAUUUUUGUAUCUGCGUCGACAUAAACACGGGAAUUUAUCACGAACCAGAUACCCCAAAUGAAUACUCCUAUGAAGCUAGUGCGUUACGUAAAUACUCGGAUUCUCUUUAUUAUCAAAUGAUAGAUUGGUCUAGAAAAUUAAAACAUCUGUGUGCAGAUGACCAUUUAAUAUUGAAAUUACUAAUAUUAAUUGUGAUUUUCUCCAAAGGCGUUGAACAUAUGGAACCGGUAUUGGUCGAAUCAACGAAAGUAUUUUAUUCUCAAUGCGCCUUUGUUGAUAUUCUCUGGAAUUAUUUGAACUUACGUUUCGGAGAUGGACAAGCGUCACUAAUGUUCCCACAUAUAGCCUUUUCUCUUAUGAAAGCAUACGCAAUGGCGCGGGAAGCGAAAGAAGAUGUGACUAGGCAAACUUCGGAAACAGCCGAUGAGCUUGUUCCAUUAAUGAAAUCUGUCGUAUUAUCCUAG